AUGGAGGCGAGAAAAUAUUGGGUGGGACUGUCUCGAAGAGAUGUCCUGGUCAUCAUGGCUGCUGCUGGUGGCAAAAGCCUCUGCUACCAGUUUCCUGCCAUUCUUCAGGAAGGAGUUGCCCUCGUUGUCAGUCCUCUGCUUUCUUUGAUUCAGGAUCAGGUGAUGGGUCUGGCUGCAUUGGGCAUUCCGGCACAUAUGUUGACAUCAGCGAAUGGCAAGGACAAUGAAAAGUUUAUACACAAGGCGCUUGAAAAGGGUGAAGGAGAGCUGAAGAUACUAUAUGUUACUCCAGAAAAGAUAUCCAAGGGCAAGAGGUUCAUGUCAAAGCUGGAGAAAUGCCACCGUGCGGGGCAUCUUUCUUUGAUAGCAAUUGAUGAGGCACACAGCUGUAGUCAGUGGGGUCACGACUUUCAGCCCGACCCCAAAAGCCUUCUUGAAGACUCAGUUUCCCAACGUUCCUUUGUUGCUUUGACUGCAACUGCUACUCGGAAAGUACAAAAUGAUCUGAUGGAAAUGCUGCAGAUCCCCAAGUGUGUUAAGUUUGUCAGCACUGUUAACAGGCCAAAUCUCUUUUAUAUGGUACGAGAGAAGUCAUCUGUUGCUAAACUGGUUAUUGACGAAAUUGCCGAAUUUAUACGGGAAUCUUAUCCCAAUAAUGAAUCCGGGAUAGUUUAUUGCUUCUCUAGGAAGGAAUGCGAACAGGUUGGAAAGGAGUUACGCGAUAGAGGAAUUUCACCAGAUUAUUAUCAUGCAGAUAUGGAUGUAAAUGCUUGCGAGAAAGUUCAUUUGAGGUAAACACGGCUUUUGCAUGCUCACUUUGGAUGUCAAUAAGUUCCACGACUCUCUCUCUCUCUCUCUCUCUCUGGCUGUUCACUUGCAAGAUUCUGGUGCAAUUCUACCUAAAUCUGACUAAAAC